CGACCAACAAGCUCGUCAAGUGUAUAAUGUCGUGAUGUUUAUGAGUGGAAGACGCAGCCUGGGAAUCAACCUUGGACUAGUAAAUAGUUGGCAGGUUUGCACAGCCGCCGCAACGCCAAAUAGUAUUUUGACACUUGGCGCCGACAAGCUCACCUUCAUGGCUGUUACCUGAGGGGCUUUGAUGUUGGUUGCCUUUAGAAGUUGAAGUCAGCGCGAACAGCCCCAAUGGGUGGCAUUUGUUCUUGGGAAAAAGGCAAUGAGGCUUCAGAUAAGGCUCGCUGGCCCGUGAGGAGGCCCGACGAGGGGGACGAUAUAGCUCAGAGAAUACCCGCUGAGAAGACGCUUGAGAAGCUGUCAGACACAAAAAUUAAUACGAUGGCGAACCAUACCACCCCCCUAACUUUGGACGCAUACAACGCCGAGCGCGCCUCGGUCCUAGCAGUCGAGAGGGCAGAGGGCUUCGAUGGACGAGCAAGAGAAACGGCUUCUGAGUUACAAAACAAAGCAAACGAAAUUGUUGUCGCGAUUAGACAGAGAGAUGCAGAGUUGGUUCAUGGUGGGGCGCUGGACAUGUUAGGGAAAGUAAUUACCCCAGAUAAGCAUUUCGUUGGGAAUGCUUCCAAUAUCACAAGCACGAGUCUGUUCAAGAUUGCUCAGCAGAUGCCCAAGGGAGCUCAUCUACACUGUCACUUCAAUUCUUGCCUCCCGCCUCAAUUUUUACUUCGCCAUGCAAAUAAUAACGCCCAUAUGUAUAUCAAAAGCGACCUCGCGCUAAACUCGGAGGACAACAAGGAGCGUGCUGAGAUACAGUUUCAGAUGCAUGUUAUAGAGGAAGAGAAGCAUCUGGAACAUAGCACCAGCCUGCUGCACGAUAGUUACAAGUCAAGCUUUCAUGCCGACGACAAAAGGAAAGGUUGGUACAGCUAUGACAAAUUCCUCCAGGAAUAUCCUGGCGGUGAAUCUGCCGCCGAGGAAUGGCUUGCUUCCAAGCUUUUCUUCACCGAGGAAGAAGUAUACGGGAUAUCCCAAACAACAGCAAACAUCUGGCUCCGCUUCGGAACCCGCACACGCAUGCUCAAAGGCCUCUUCGGCCACGAAUCCGCAUUCCGCGCCUACACCGACGCCUGCAUCCAAGAUUUCAUUCGUGACAACAUCCAAUACGCCGAGAUCCGGCCCAACUUCCCCAGCAACUCCCUCGUCAAGUCCGACGCCACAGGCUUCAUCGAUAACGUUGGCCUCCUCCAAAUAAUCGCCGACGCCGUCACAUCCCAGCGCCAAUCCGGCGCCCCCUUCACAGGCCUCAAAGUAAUCUACUGUUGCCCACGCUCCUUCAGCAAAGAGCGCGUCGCUGCCUCACUGGUCGAGUGUAUCGCCCUGAAGAGGAAAUUCCCCGACCUAAUCUGUGGCUACGAUCUCGUCGGCGGCGAGGAAGCGGGGUUCCCUCUCCAACACUUCGCGCCGGAACUCCUAUCCUUCCGCGCCACCUGCAUCUCUGAGGGCCUCGGCAUCCCCUUCCUCCUUCACGCGGGCGAGACGCUUGAUAGCGGUAGCUCCACGGAUGCUAACUUGCUCGACGCGAUCCUGCUGGGCGCUAAGCGCAUCGGACACGGGUUUGCGCUCCCGAAACACCCAAAGGCUAUGCGGAUGGUGAAGGAGCGGGGGAUUGCGCUGGAGAUCUGUCCAAUUUCGAAUGAGGUGCUGCAUUUGUGUCCGAGUAUACGGGGACAUGCGCUGCCGGUUUUGUUGGCGAACAAUGUGCAUUGUACUAUCAAUAGUGAUAAUGGCACUUUUUACGGGUCUUCAUUGUCGCAUGACUUUUACCAAAUAAUGGUCGGCGCAGAAGCCAUGAGCUUGCACGGCUGGCGCGUCCUCGCUGAGUGGAGUCUGGAGCAUAGCUGUUUGACGCCGAGCGAGAAGGCCGCGGCUAAGGAGGUGUGGUUAGCGCAGUGGAAUGUUUAUUGUCAAUGGAUUAUUGAUACAUAUGGAGACGAGUCUAGCGCGAAGGGCCUUGAAGCUAGGAGGUUGCAGUGAUACCAAAGACGUAUUGUGUUAUAUCAUAAGGCGGGGAAGAAAACCUAGGAUUAAUUUUAGGAUAUAAAUCUCAUAAGAGC